AUGGAUAUUUCCGAUCCCUUAAAGAAGAGGUUAGAAUGGAUGAGUUGUGAUGAUAGGACUCAUACAUUAUACAUUAAUGGAGUGAAAGAAUUUUUAGACUUUGCUUUUACUGAUUUACCUACCGGUAGUGAAAUUGAGGAAGAAGAAACUAAAGUCCCUUGCCCAUGUAAUCGAUGCAACAAUAGUAGACACAAAACUAGGGAAGAUAUUUUUGAGGAUUUGUUAUUGAACGGAAUUGUGAAAGGUUAUGUUCGUUGGAUCUAUCAUGGUGAAUAUAAACCCCCUGAAAAACGAUGUAGAGUUGAAACGGGAGAUAAGGGCCGGGAUGAAAUUUUUGAAAUGAUCUUUGAUGCUCAUGAGCCAAUGAGUUCAUAUGAUGUUCUAGAUGAGGAAGUUGAUAACCAUCCAGAACAUAACGACAUAAAGGGUUUAGGAGCUUUUGAAAGAUUAUUGAGAGAUGCUCAACAACGUCUAUACUCUGGUUGUGAUGACUAUUCAAAGUUGUUAUUUAUUUUAGAGAUGUUCCAAAUCAAAUGCAUGGAAGGAAUAACUAACAAAGCUUUCACAAAGAUGCUUAAAAUGUACAAACGUGUUUUACCCAAAGAUGCAAAUGUGCCAUCAACAUACCGAGAAGCACGUAAAAUGGUUACUGAUUUGGGUUUUGAUUAUGAGAAGAUUGAAGCAUGUGAGAAUGAUUGUAUGUUUUUCUGGAAAGAGAGUGCUAACCUUGAAAAAUGUAGUGUAUGUGAUACAAAACGUAAUAAAACUUCUCCAAAAGUAUUGCGCUAUUUCCCAUUAACACCAAGAUUGCAAAGGCUGUUUAUGUCACGUAAAACUGCUAAUGACAUGAGAUGGCAUAAAGAUAAGCGAGAUGAUGAUGGAAUUCUUAGACACCCGGCUGAUAGCAAAGCAUGGAAGCAUUUCGAUGAGUCGUAUUCUUCUUUUGCUUUAGAGUCUCGUAACGUGAGAUUAGGUUUGGCAUCUGAUGGGUUUAACCCCUUUGGUGGUCUAAGAAGUGACUAUAGUAUAUGGCCAGUAGUGAUUGUCGUUUACAAUCUCCCUCCAUGGAUGUGCAUGAAACAACCUUAUACAAUGUUAUCUCUGUUAAUACCCGGUAAGAGUGCACCAGGCAUUAACAUUGACGUGUAUUUGAAACCUUUAGUUGAAGAACUAAAACAGUUGUGGGAAUUUGGGGCCAAGACUUAUGAUGCUUCAAAAAAUGAAUACUUUGAUAUGCAUGCAGCUCUCUUAUGGACUAUUAAUGAUUUUCCAGCGUAUGCAAACUUAUCUGGGUGGUCUACCAAAGGUUAUAAGGCAUGUCCUUGUUGUAUGAAUGAAACUUCUUCAACUAGACUACCUAAUUGUAGGAAAUGUUGCUAUAUGGACCAUCGACGAUUCCUUCAUGUAGAUCACAAAUGGAGAAAUAGUAAGUCUUUCAAUGGAAAAGUUGAAAGAAGAAGUCGCCCAAAGAAAUUAUCAGGUAAUGAGAUUUUAGAGCAAGUUAAAGAUCUCGAAGGAAUGAAAUUUGGGAAAACGUUUAAGUUGCCAAAGAGAAAGGAUAACUGGAAGAAGAAGAGUAUAUUUUUUGAUUUUCCUUACUGGAGUAGCCUCUUGAUUCGUCAUAACCUUGAUGUCAUGCAUAUCGAAAAAAAUGUAUGUGAUAAUAUUCUAGGCACUUUACUAGACAUUGAAGGUAAAAGUAAAGAUCACAUAAAAGCCAGACAUUACUUAAAGCAUGUGAAUAUUAUGAAGCAUCUUGCCCCAAAACUGGUUGACGGUAAAUGGCAUAUACCUGCAGCACCUUAUACAUUGUCUAAAUCUCAAAAAUUAGCAGUGUGUAAAUAUUUGGAAGAUAUAAAGGUUCCGGAUGGGUAUUCAUCUAACUUUUCUAAGUGCAUAAACCUUGAUAAGCGUAAGAUUUGGGGACUUAAAACACAUGAUUGUCAUGUUCUUCUAGAGGAAUUGUUACCCUUGGCGAUUCGUGGAGUAUCAUCUGCCAAAGUGUAUGAGGUUGUUACUAAAUUGAGUGAAUUUUUUAAGAAUUUGUGUUCCAAGUCUUUGAAACUUAAGGACUUGAAUGAUCUUGAGAAUCAUAUUGCUAUCACCUUAUGUGAAAUGGAAAAGAAUUUCCUUCCUUCCUUUUUUGAUGUGAUGGUGCACUUGUGUGUUCACCUUGCUGAGGAAGCUAAGUUAGCUGGGCCAGUUCACUAUCGAUGGAUGUAUCCUAUUGAAAGGUAUUCCUCUGCUUUGCUAAGUCAUUGA